AUGAACUUAAUAGUUUACCUACCCUGAUGAGUUUGAGAUAAUCAAGUUUAAUAAUUUCCGAUGGUCAUUAGGGACUUGCUGACCUGUUGGUAUGCCUACUAAUUCAAAAAAAUACCCCUAAUUACUUAGAUAAUAUUAAUACCAACAUAUAAUUUGAUAAAUAAUUUGAUAAAAACGACUAUCGGCUUGUUGCCGGUAUAUAAGUUAAUGUGAAUUUAGAGUAUAUAAGUUUAUGUGUAUUUGGUAAGUAAUUAAUUUUGUGUUAACAUAACUACAUGACGUAGUGAACACUAGGAAUAUGGUAGGUGCGGAUUUUUUUUAAUAAUACCUACCUACCUAAGUAUCUACUGACUUCCUAUCGUAAAAUUUAUUUGAAAAUGAUUUUCAUUAUCAUCGAACAGUAAAAAAUACUUUUACUUAAUAAAGAAAACUUAUUUUCGAUCCUAUAGUGGUCUAUAGUGAUAUUAUCGUUGAUUUUGAUUUUGAUUAUAAUUGUUUACAUGCAAAUCCCAUUAUAAUUCGUCUGGUUAUUACUCCAAGAAUAGUAAAUAGAUAACAUAUAACUACAUAAUUCCUCUGAGACUUCAAGGAAGUGGAAAUGCUUCAAAGAGAAUAUAAAUGCAUAUCCUGAAAAAUAUUGUCUAUGCUCCUAACCUAAAUCCUCCUUCUUUCCUUCCGGCGCCGGCGUUGACUAUAUUCAAGGUCGUCCGUGUUUUUGUGAUUAUUUGUGCUAAAUUUUAUUUUUGUUUUUGAAAUUCCAUCUGCAACGCAGCGUAGAAGGUUGACUGCACAAAAUGAAGUGCUUUUUAAGGGAAUGCGACACCACUACGGAGAAUCUUUAUGAAAAAACCAAACCCGGUGCGAUUGACGUAUCGUUUGUUAAGUUUCCCAAAGACCCCAAUACUCGGAAGCUUUGGCUAAAAAGCCUCUGCAUUAUAGACCCUUUACCAGAUGAUGCCAAGAUCUGCUCCCUGCAUUUUCUUGAUGAUGAUUUGUAUCUGAAAAAUGGUGUGUUGCGAGUUUCGAGUGCUGCUAUUCCUAUUAUAAUGCCGUUCUGCACGAUUUGCCAAGAUACAACCAACAAGCUGUUUAGUUUGACUAAAUACAAGGUUGAACAAGUAUUUGCAGCAAUAGCUCGCAUACCUGUAUGUACUAACAUUAAACCAGGAAUUUGCACGGCUUGUUUGGUGUCAUUGGGGGAUUCAAUUUUGUUCAAACAGAUGUGUCAGGACUCUCGAAUGAUACUAGAAGAGUUUGCGUUGAAGAUAACUCCCGCUCUUACUUCGGUACGAAGGCGAGUUUUCUUCUAAAGGGGUGAUUUUUGAUCCCAAGAGUACGCUCUCGUGAUCAAAAACCAUCUUUUUAAGCAAAGUACAUGACGAGAUCCUCCCUAAUAUCUGUGAAGCCAAAAUUAUGUUCCUCAGUGAAUUCAAAACAUGAAACACCGCAUCAAGGCACAAUGAUUUUUCGUUUUUACCAUCAACUAACUUAUGUGGUCAUAAUUUAUUUUAAAAUUCGUUUUACUAAUGUAUUUGAAUUCAUAUGACUCUCGACUCGGGCGUCCCAUACUUAAUGAAUAGAACGCAAAUGGUAGAUAUGUUACCGUUAAAUUGAAAAAUACGUCAGUUUAUAAUCUCAUUCGUGAUAUUAUAAUCUACUGUCAUAUUGUGAACUGAAAAUAUUGAUUACAAUUUAAUGUGUUAUUUAUCGGUAUAUUAUAAUCUAUCGGAGGUGAAACCGAUAAAUUGCAACCUUAAAACGUCAACUGUCGAACUUGCCCCCAAUUGGUCGGUCUUACAGCAGACCGUUCUGUGUCCAUAGAGUUAAGAAUAAAACACAUAUGUCAGUCAAAUAAAAUACUUCAAGAAUUGUGACAUCACAUAUUUAUUUAUUAUUUAUUUUACAGAAAGACUGACCCUUAGUUUAGAUUUAACUAAAUUAUACUUAUACUAAAUAAGUGUAGAUUUGAUUAAAUUAUACUUAUAAUUUACAAUAACAACAUUUUACUAAUGGAAGAACAGUGUUUAAAAUGAAGUGUUAUUAGGAAACGCACUGGCCACCCCUCCGGUUUUCUUUCUUUUUCUUUUUUCUUUAAUUUGUCCAUUGUAAUUUUUUACUAUUAAUUAAUAUGCCCGCGGGAUUUUUUCAAAACUAUUCAAAUUUAGAUAGACUAGAUAACUAGGUGGUGUAUCUACUAUUUGUGUUCUAUUAAUUAACAACGGGACUCUGUAUAAUUAACAUGAAGGCUUUACACACUGUGCUGAUUUUUGUUAGUGAAUAUUUAUUUUAAGUGAUGGGUCACAAAUCAAAAAAAUAGUGAAUUAAUAUUUAUUGUCUUCAAGAAAUGCAAACUAAUUUGUAAUGAUGUCAGAUUUAGACCUUUGCUGGCAAUGGCCGGAAAUUAGACAUCAUUAAUAUCUCAAAAUUCUGUUGAAUUUUUAACUUUAGUAUAAUAUUUUUUUAUUUAGUUUUAUUUGUCACUUCUUUUUAAUGGACUCUCUCAAUUGUAGAAAAAUACGUACUUUGUUUAAGUAUUUCUGUAAAACAUACCAAUAUUUUUUUCAUAUAUAGUUAUCAAAGUACUCUAUUUUAGAAAAAAAAAUAUACUUGCUUAAGUAUUUCUGUAAAACAUACCUAAUUUUUUUUCAGAUUUAGUUAUCAAAGUACUCUACUGUAGGAAAAACCAUACUUGUAUUUUUUUUCAUUUAUAGUUACCAAAGUGCUCUGUUGUUGAAAAAUUCAUACUUGUUUUAUAUGUAAAAUAUACCUUUAUUUUUUUUUUAUUUUUAUAAAUAUAAAACAUACCUAUUUUUUUAUUUAAAGUUAUCAAAGUGCUUUACAAAAUUACAUACUUGUUAAAGUGUUUCUUUAAAGCAUACUUAUAAGUUUUUUAUAAUAGUUAUCAGUGAUUUUAGAAAAAAUCAUACUUGAUUAAGUAUUUCUGUAAAACAUACUUAUAAGUUUUUUAUAAUAGUUAUCAGUGAUUUUAGAAAAAAUCAUACUUGAUUAAGUAUUUCUUUAAAACAUACUUAUAGUUUUUUAUAAUAGUUAUCAGUGAUUUUAGAAAAAAUCAUACUUGAUUAAGUAUUUCUUUAAAACAUACUUAUAAGUUUUUUUAUUAUAGUUAUCAAAGUGCUCUAUUUUAGAAAAAAUCAUACUUGUUUAAGUAUUUCUAUAAAACAUACCUAUUUUUUUUUUAUUUAAUGUUAUCAAAGUACUUUAUCGUAGAAAGUUACAUACUUGUUUAAGUAUUUUUUUUAAAACAUAUAUGGUUUUUAUUAUAGUUAUCAAAGUGCUCUAUUUUAGAAAAAAUCAUACUUGUUUAAGUAUUUCUAUAAAACAUACCUAUUUUUUUUUAUUUAAUGUUAUCAAAGUACUUUAUCGUAGAAAGUUACAUACUUGUUUAAGUAUUUUUUUUAAAACAUACUUAUAAGGUUUUUAUUAUAGUUAUCAAAGUGUUCUAUUUUAGAAAAAAUCAUACUUGAUUAAGUAUUUCUGUAAAACAUACCUAUAUGUUUUUUGUUAUAGUUAUCAAAGUGCUCUAUUUUAGAAAAAAUCAUACUUGUUUAAGUAUUUCUAUAAAACAUACCUAUUUUUUUAUUUAAAGUUCUUAAAGUAUAUUAUCGUAGAAAGUUACGAACUAUUUUAAGUAUUUCUUUAAAACAUACUUAUAAGUUUUUUUAUUAUAGUUAUCAAAGUGCUCUAUUUUAGAAAAAAUCAUACUUGUUUAAGAAUUUCUAUAAAACAUACCUAUUUUUUAAUUUAAAGUUACCAAAGUACUUUAUUGUAGAAAGUUACAUACUUGUUUAAGUAUUUCUGUAAAACAUACCUGUAUUUUUUUCAUUUAUAGUUAUCAAAGUAAAUAAUAAUUAUGUGCAUACAUGAGUAACAUGUACAUAUUGAAUAAAAAUAUAGUAAAAACAGAUGUGCCCCUAAUUAUGUAUGUGUGCAUAAUAUCUUUUGCUAUAUAAAUACUGUACUACUCAAAUUAAAAACCUUUGUUAUUUCAA